AUGGGCAACGGCAUGAGCAAGGUGCUGCCCGGCCUCUACCUCGGGAACUUCAUCGAUGCCAAGGACCUGGAGCAGCUCAGCCGGAAUAAGAUCACCCACAUAGUUUCCAUCCACGAGUCCCCGCAGCCCUUGCUGCAGGAAAUCACCUACCUCCGCAUCCCGCUGCCCGACACGCCGGAGGCCAACAUCAAGAAGCACUUCAGGGAAUGCAUCGGCUUCAUCCACCAGUGCCGCCUGCGCGGAGGGAACUGCCUCGUGCACUGCCUCGCGGGCAUCUCCCGCAGCACGACCGUCGUCGUCGCCUACGUCAUGGCUGUCACCGAGCUGAGCUGCCCGGAGGUGCUCGAGGCCAUCAGGACGGUUCGCCCCAUCGCCAACCCCAACCCCGGCUUUCGACGGCAGCUGGAUGAGUUUGGCCGCGGCGCAGCGCGGAAGGUCCGGAGGCACCUGCGGCAGAGGUACGGGGCCGUCCCCUUCAAUGACGAGGAAGAAAUAAAGGCCCUGCUGUCCACGGAGAGAGGAGGAGCGGCCAGGGCGGAGGGAGCCCUGCAGGGACUGGUACCCAGAGCCCGGGAUGCCAAGAGCGGCGCUCCCUUGCUGCUGCGCGUGAAGAGGACGUUCUCCUGCAUCCCCGCGUGCCUCAAGUGA